CGUCGACAUGGCUGUGCUUGCGCGAUUGGUGGUGUUAUCGUUGGUGUGCGCGUGCGCAUGUGCGCAGUACGCGGAGGAGCGCGCGCCGCGGUACAUCGCCUCCGAGCCUAAGGUCACCUCCACGCCCGUGCCCAUACUCAAGCAGAUCAAUAGGCACAACGAGGAUGGCUCGUACACGUACGGCUAUGAGGCGGCGGACGGCUCCUUCAAGAUCGAGACCAAGUCAGCCACUGGAGAGGUGAAGGGAAAGUACGGGUACAAGGACGACACCGGAAAGGUGCGUGUUAUUGAGUAUGGAGCCAACAAGUUCGGUUUCCAGCCAGCCGGCGAGGGCAUCACCGUAGCCCCGCCCACACUCGUUGACGAGUCCACCAGGGAAGAGGGACUCCGACCGCAGAAGUCACAGUCACAAGGCGGUCGUUCCCAGUACCGCGCGCCGGCCCCCGCGCCCCAGUCCAUAGAUUACGACUACGAGGACCCCGCGCCCGCCCCGCCGCCACCCCCGCGCCCGCGCCCCACGCCCGCGCCCUACCGCGCGCCCGCGCCACAGCCGAGACCUCAGCCGCAACCGCAGUAUAGACCGCAGCAACAGCAAUACAACCAGCAACAACAGUUUAAUCAGCCGCAGCAACAGUACAGGCCGCAACAGCAAUCUGCGCCUGCGCCUGCGCCACCCAAGCCAACCUUCUUCGCCGGAGCCGCGCCUGCUCCUGCCCAAGACGACCGCACCUCUUUCUUCAGCCCUGCACCUUCACCUGCACCCCAGCAACGCCAUUUCAACCAGGACUCCUUCAGACCCGCACCCCAGUUCCAGAAACCACAGAUAGAUUACUCCCAAGACUUCGCUCCAGCACCCCAGCCCAGGUUCAACCAGGUCCAAAGCCAGAGAAGCCAGCCGUUCUCCAUGUUAGACCAGCUCCUGAAGGAAUACGCCCUGCCCCAAGGUGGUGCCGCGCCCCUCCACGAUAUAACCUUCGGAUCCUAUUAGUUUAAGCGAUAAUUCUCAUUUUAUUUUGUAAAUACUUAGUGAAUAUUUUUUUUAUUAAUGUAAAUUAAAAAUUACGAGACCAGGGG